AUGCGCACGAGGCUUCCGGCGACGCAUCCGACAGCCCACACAAGAAUCCGCGCCUCAUGUCGAGCGGCGCCCAUCCGCAGUCUCAUGCCUCCUCGGCGAAACGGCGCAUCACAUCUUGUGCUGCUUGUCGCAGGCAAAAAGUUUGGCCGCACCAACUUGUCACCCGGUGUCACGGAUCGUAUCCCGCGCCUCUUCGCCUUCUGCCCCUCAUCCUUUCGCUUCGCGACGCUGAGUCCUGACGCUCCCAGACAACUUGCCGUUCUGGGCCGAGACUUGGGCAAAGUCCAUGCCACGCUUGAGACGGUGUGCCAGCAACUGGGCAUAGAGUUGCCAAAGCCUUUGGAGUCGGCCGCCCUGGGCAGUGUUGGCACCGGAUCCGGCAUACAAGACGAGCAUCUAGAUGACGGUGAAGAGGGACUGCUAUGUGAGCCGUCGCAACACACCUCUCCAUCUGCUGUCACUGCUCCCAUCGAUGCCUAUCUUAGCAAACCCGAGUCUGAAGCUGGUGCCCGUGCCCACGGUCCUGCCACUGCCUUGUCCUCGCGUCCGCACAAGAAGCCUGAUCUUAUCAGCAAAGGGCUGGUGACAGUUGAGGAUGCGGACGUGUUGGUCAGGCACUACUUUGUCGAGAUGGAUCCGAUCCUGUACGGAUUCGCCCACACGCACAGCACCGCUCACGGCGUCAGAGACGCGUCUCCGGCCUUGAUCGCCGCCAUCUGCACAGUCUCAUCUCUUUACCUGGUGGACUACGGCCAUCUGUUCGAGGCGUGCUACCGUGAAUACCGGCAUGUUGUGGCCACAACUCUCUUCGAGCGCCAGGACGUCGAGCACAUCCGCGCCUUGCUCAUUGGGUCGUUUUGGCUCCCCGGCGCGUCGAGGAUUCUCCUCUGCGACGCCGUGAGGCGUGCCGGUGACGUCAGGCUCCAUCGGCACAUCUUCAAAUCUAUCAAUGGGCCAUGGGAAACCCCCACGAGCCCCCCGAAUGGCAACGUCGACCAGGCUCAGGCCCGCGACCGCGUCAGGCUCUGGUACGGCAUCUUCAUGAGCGACCAGCACCAGGCCAUCCUCAACAACCGCGAGUGCCUCCUUUCUCUUCAUCUGGACGUGCUCGACAGGAGACACGAGUACCUGCAGAGCGAGGCGUGCACCAACCACGACCUCCGCCUCGUUGCCCAAUCCUCAUUGCUACUGAUCAUGGCGAGGAUGAAGCGCACCUUCGGGUCCGAGUACCCUGCUCCGGUUCUGGCAUCGCGCGCAGCUGAGUUUCCCCGGUUCUGUCUUGAGCUGGAUGGGUGGAUUGAUGAAUUUCGCCCCAAGUUCCAUCCGGGCCCAGAAAUGGGCAAAUUCCCGCCGUUGGCAUUUCGACUCCACUACCUCUUUGGCAAGUUAUAUCUGGGACACCAUGUGUUCCGAGGCCUGCGAGGAGGAUCGAUCCCCGCGGCGCUUCUCACCGCCGCCCGGAUGGCUUACGACGCUGCCGUCGCUAUCUUCCGCAUGAUCCUGGAUGCCGACGGCCUCCUCGGCAAUCUCUGGAGGGUGCCUGGCUACAUCCACAUCAUGAUAUCGUUCGCCGGCCACCUGCUCCUCGAGCUAUGCAUCAAACACCGGGACCAGCUGAAAAUCAGUGUCGAGGACGACUACCGCAUGCUGAGCGCCGUCGUCUCGGCAUUGGCCGAGAUGCGCCUCACGUGUGCACACCCGCUCCGCCGCGUCGCGAAUGGUCUUCAAAAACGACUCUUCGAGUUUGCCGCCCAAUACGGUCAGGAGAGCCUGGUUGACAAAGGCGCCGACUGGCCUCACAAGCACGCAAGAGACGCCGCCAUGGCCGCACCAGCAUCUCCGGGGAGGGCCUCGCAAGAGCCGCCGCCAGAGCCGCUCUUUGACAUGGGCGCCACGGGUAUGCCCAACGAUUUUUUCUUCACUGACUUUAGCGACUUCACGUUUCAGGAUUCCUGGGUGGAUUUCACGGGAGUGUAG